AUGGAUCUGCGCUUAACGUUUUCACAGAAAUGUUGUUUAUGCACUGGAAAGUUUAAAACUUUUAACGCAAUUCAAAAGCACACGGAACGAAAACACACGGUGGAAGGUGAUCUAGCCUUAAUAAUCAGGGGCACCCAACGAGAAUAUAGUUCAAAACCACUUAAACUUAGAAUUGUUAAACGUAUUUUAGUAUUUAAACGGUAGAUAUAGGCAUAUUUUUAUCCCCUGGAAAUUUUUCAUCUGUUCGGAUUUCCUAGCUGAAAGUCAAGUGAUCCGAAAAUUAUAGGGAUCAAAACUUACCUUUUCGAAAAUUUUAGCCAGAAAAAAGGCUCCCGAAAAUUCUAGGUGACCUUUUUAGGGUAAAAAUCCGUUAAAAAUAGGCAAUUAUACCUUUUUUUAGAUGUCCGAAAAUCCUAGGAGAGGCAGGCAAGCAAGAAAUUUUACAACAAAUGUUCCGAAAAUUCUAGAUCUCAAAUCGUCUUCCGAACAGAUAUUUUUCCGAAAAUUGUCGUUGGGUGCCCCUGAAUAAUGUGGUGUUUUUGGACGAGGAGAACGAGGCUUCGGUGCCCGACAUUGGAUUUCUUAACAGGAGAUCGCAAGAUUUUAAAAUAGGAUAUUUAUCGUGGCUGGCAGGGCUUACGGAGCAGAUAAACGCUUCCCUUAAUCCUCGUUUACGUGGUAAGUGGCGAAUUUAAACGGCACAAAGCCUAAUACCACCUAAGUAUUUUGCAUCGCUUUUAAUUUAGAUCUACGCACUUGAAUAUUCCUCGUUAAAAGCCACCUAAGGUACUACCCAAUCAUCUUUUCAGUUGUCCCUCAAACUUUGCUAUUUUCUUUAGCAUUUAGUUUCUCAGUUUAGUAGCAAAGUACUUUGCGCGUCAUUUAGCCGAUUCUCUCACUGGCACGAGCGCACGUUACUCGAGUUUCGCUCGUCACACAAUGUUCCCGGCUACGAGAGAAGAGCGUUGCGUGACGAAACAGAACGACUGUGUGCAAAUGAAUGAAUAAAAUCUUUAUUUUACUUAGAAUGUCAGAUGAUCUCAGAAAGCUUAAACUUACACUUCUCCUGUCAAAACAAUGUGCUGAAGACCCAAUUUAAUUGUAGCUGGUUUUGUCUACUUUCAUUUCUAGGUGGUUGGGUGACUUUACAAUUCCCACAAGUUCCUGAAAGGUACUUUGGGCACUUAGCUUGUCAAAUGGGAUGCAGGGUGCGUAGCAUGAGGCAGGUACCUCAUAAGAAGCCUCCAUUUUACUGCCCAUAA